AUGCUGGUGGGUUUACUCGGGGAGGAGGCUAGUGGAGUGCAGGAAGUCUGCAAUUCGACACCGCCAUGCUUGGCCUAUACCGAGGCCCAGCCAGACAUCGGUCACCGAUGCGGGGUGUUGGUCCGCGUCUCGUGGCACGAGAAGCGCGGCACCCGUGCGGGCUCUCUCAAAUCCGACUCAACGAAUGUUCUCGAGACACGCUCACAGCAGUCCGAGACAUAUUCGUUGUAG